AUGGCUUCCGAUGAAGAAACACUGUUAUUGCUUCUACUUCGCCGUCGUCGCCGACAAAAGCGAAGAAGACAGACACGUUCAUUAUGGGUUGAAGAAAUAUUGAUGUACAGAGAACAAGAUGGAAACUUUUUUACACUCUAUCCAAGUUUGCGAAGAAACGAAAAUAAAUUUUUCAAUUAUUUUCGAAUGUCAACUGCUCCUUUUGAUGAGCUAACAACCAUUUUGAAAGCUUCAAUAUCUCGUCGAGAUACCGUGAUUCGGACUCUUGGACUAUUUGCCUUGGACUAG